UCCACACGAUGAGUUACAGUCUGGAUACAAUGUUCGGCACCAGCUCCUACCGCAGGAUACUGGGGGACUCACCCCGGCCCGCGUCCCGCUCCGCAGGCUCUUUAGCAAGUAGCGGUUUCCAUUCACAGACCUGGUCCCGGAGCCCCAGCACAAUUACCUCCUACAAACGGGUUACCCCAAGCCUGACUGCCAACCUCAGCUCUCAGAUCACAGCCUCAACCGAGAGCCUGGAAUCCGGGGCCAUAAAUGGAGACAUUAGAUCGCGCAACGAGAAGGAGAUGCUACAGACACUCAAUGAUCGCUUCGCCACUUAUAUCGACAAGGUAAGGAACCUAGAGCUUCAGAACAAGAGUCUGGAGGCAGAGGCCGCUUCCCUGAGGCAGCAGCAAGCCGGCAGAUCGGCCAUAGGGGAGCUGUACGAGAGAGAAAUCAAAGACCUGCGCAAUGUAGUGGUGCAGAUUAGCAAUGACAAGGCGCAACUACAGCUGGAGCAGGAACACCUGGAGGAGGACAUCCAGCACAUCAAGCAGAGAUACGAGGAUGAGAGCAGGAUGAGGGAAGAGAUCGACACCAGUAUCAGAGCCCUGAGCAAGUAUAUUGAGGAUGCGGGCUUGACAAAGCUAGAUUUGGACAAGAAGCUCCGCUUCCUCACCGACGAGGCUUCUUUCAUGAAGGCGAAUCACGAUGAGGAAGUUCGAGAUUUGCUGAAUCAGAUCCAGGGCUCACAGAUAACUUUGGAAGUGAGGGAUUCUUUGAAGUCUGAUAUCACGGCGGCUCUCCGAGAGAUCCGCGCGCAGAUGGAAGGUCAUGCAGUCAAGACCACCAGUCAGACCGAGGAGGUGUUCAAAGUGAAGCUAGAAAAACUCAACCAAGCCGCCAAGGUCAACACGGACGCCAUCCACGCAGCCCAGGAUGAAAUCUUAGAAUAUCGCAGACAUCUGCAGUCCAAAAACACUGAACUGGAGACGCUGAAGGGGACAAAAGACUCGUUGGAGAGGCAAAGGAUUGAGAUGGAAGACAGACACAAUGCGGAUAUUUCCAGCUAUCAGGAUGCGACACAACAACUUGAAAACGAAUUAAGAAAUACAAAAUGGGAAAUGGCUGCGCAACUCAGGGAGUACCAAGACUUACUCAAUGUUAAAAUGGCCUUGGAUAUUGAAAUUGCGGCUUACAGGAAACUUCUGGAGGGUGAAGAAUCGAGAUUUAUUGGGUCAAGUCCCUAUUCUUCUAUUGAAGGGUAUCAUAAAGUUCCCUCAGUGCCAAACCAUAUUAAACCCAAGCCUGACGAAACAGCCAAACCAACUGACAAAGAGGCAGAAGAAGUGGCCGCAGAAGAGCAAGUGGAUGAGAAAGUAAUUACAACCGAAGAAGCUAAAGAAUCUGAAGAGGCUGAAGAAGAAAAGGAGGAAGCAGCAGAGGAAGAGGCUGGCAAAGCAGAAUCCGAAGACAAACUCGAAACGAAAUCUGAUGAAGAAAGUACAAAAGAAGAAGACACUAAAGGUGAAAAGGCAGAGGAGGAAGAGAAAGGAAAAGAAAAAUUAGUCGACAAAGAAGAUCUGGAAAAGAGAAGCAAGGAACAAGCAGAGGAAAAGCAAGAAGAACCUGCCAAAGAUCAAAAGGAACUAACAAUAAAGGUGGAAGAUAAAAUGCCAGAUGAACCCAAGGAGAAAGAAAGCCCAGAAAAGGAGCCAGAGACUAAAGAAGCAGAAAAAAAGAAGGAAGCAGAGGAACCCUCUGAACUGGAAUCUGAAACCAAAGAGAAAGAAGAGGAAAAGGAAUCAAAAGCAGAACACAAGGAAGAUACAAAACCAGAGCCCAAACCCGAAGAAAAGGAGGUAAAGAAAGAUGCAAAACCAGAGCCCAAACCUGAAGAAAAGGAGGCAAAGAAAGAUGCAGAACCAGAGCCCAAACCUGAAGAAAAAGAGGCAAAGAAAGAUGCAGAACCAGAGCCCAAACCUGAAGAAAAAGAGGCAAAGAAAGAUGCAGAACCAGAGCCCAAACCUGAAGAAAAAGAGGCAAAGAAAGAUGCCGAACCAGAGGCUAAACCUGAAGAAAAAGAGGUAAAGAAAGAUGCAACACCAGAGCCCAAACCUGAAGAAAAAGAGGCAAAGAAAGAUGCCGAACCAGAGGCUAAACCUGAAGAAAAAGAGGUAAAGAAAGAUGCAACACCAGAGCCCAAACCUGAAGAAAAAGAGGUAAAGGAAGAUGCAAAACCAGAGCCCAAACCUGAAGAAAAAGAGGUAAAGAAAGAUGCAAAACCAGAGCCCAAACCUGAAGAAAAGGAAGUGAAAAAAGAUACAAAACCAGAGCCCAAGCCUGAAGAAAAAGAGGGAAAGAAAGAUGCAGAACCAGAGGCUAAACCUGAAGAAAAAGAGGUGAAAAAAGAUGCAAAACCAGAGCCCAAACCUGAAGAAAAAGAAGUGAAAAAAGAUGCAAAACCAGAGCCCAAACCUGAAGAAAAGGAAGCGAGAAAAGAUGCAAAACCAGAGCCAAAACUGGAAGAAAAAGAGGUGAAAAAAGACACAAAACCAGAGCCCAAACCUGAAGAAAAGGAAGUGAAAAAAGACACAAAACCAGAGCCCAAACCUGAAGAAAAGGAAGUGAAAAAAGAUGCAAAACCAGAGCCCAAACCUGAAGAAAAAGAGGUGAAAAAAGAUGCAAAACCAGAGCCCAAACCUGAAGAAAAGGAAGCAAAAAAAGAUGCAAAAGCAGAGCCUAAACCUGAAGAAAAGGAAGUGAAAAAAGAUGUAAAAGCAGAGGCCAAAGAUGAAGCAAAAAAAGAAGAAUCAAAGAAGACUUCAGAAGGAGAACAAGCUAAAACAGAGUCCACAAAAGCAAAGGAGUCGGAAAAAGCAACAGAUGCUAAAGAACACAUUACAGACCAAAGUAAAGAAAGUGACAAAGAAACAAAAGAUGAGCCGACAGAGACAGUGAAAAAAACAGAAGUAGAGAAAUCAGUCUCAGAGUCUACAAAAGAUCAAAAGGAAGAGAAAUCAGAAAAAGAACACAUUAGUAAGGAGUCCGUAAAGGAAAAAAAAUCUGAAGUUAAAGAAGAAACACAAGUUAAAGAUAGCAAAGAGGGAAAAUCAGAGAAAUCUUCCAGUACUAAAGAAGAAGCAAAGACAACAGACAAAACUAAAAAAGCAGAAGAAUGAAAAGCAUAACAAAUACUUAAAGGGGAGAAAAAUCACCAAAGAAAUACUGUACUGAGGAAUUAAGCAAUUAAUGUUGACAAACUGCCAAGAUAAGAUCGUACCCUGUUUAUGAUACAAGGGGCUGGUAAGCAAUAGACAUUCACUAAAGAGGCAGAUGAAUGCAUCGUGAUAACUUAUAUAGCAGAAUGUGAUGUAUGCAGAAUGCUAAGCACUUGAAGAGUAUGAAUACGUAUCCUGCCUCAUUAAUAAGUGCAUUUAAGAUGACUGAUUGUUUGAGGUAUAUCUAUCACCUACAGAUAAAGAGUGUUUGCUGAGUUAUAUUAAUCAAAUAAUGAAACAGUCAUGAUUUAAACCUAAAAAGUCACAUUCACGAUUUAAAAUAUGCACCAACAAAUAUUGUCAAUUACUUACAAAGUGCAAUAUAUAAAUAAAGAGCUUAACAGAUACAAUGUGCCUCUGAAGUAUAUAUUAAUGCUAAUACAUGCUUACAUAAUUAAAAUAUAUGUAUUACAACAACAUAUAAUUAAAAUGAUUGCAUUUUCUUUGAAUAAAGCAGCAAUUUUUAAAUAGGAA